AUCAAAAUGUUUGUUGCGCACAUUUUUGAAAUCGUGAAUUAUUCAGAGGCAUAAUCCUCUCACGGGAAUAUGUGACAUCAAAAAACGUGAAUUGUUUUGAUUUAUUCUGGGGUUUGCUCUCUCAGAGGAAAGCUGCUGCUGUUGGGUUCAUCAAGUCCGUGUGAGUCUUGAUAAGUCAUGUGGAGGAGCCCAGUAAUCAGCAUUCAUGUAGUGUCAGAUCCUCCCGAGCUCAUCCUAUCCACUCUCCCUCUGUCGGUGUCUCGUGCUGCUGUGACUCGCGCAGGGCGGUUUCUGAUUGGCUGCCGGCGGACACCCGGAGCAGGUAGCUCUCCUCGGUGCUGAAAUCGCUGCUCGUCGUGAUAAUGUAAACGGCGAUGAGGCCAAACGGAGCGUCAGUCAGUAAACACCAAAAUGGACGAUGAUCUGUUCCAACUGAGACAGCUGCCUGUUGUCCGCUUCCGUCGCACAGGUGAGAGCGCACGCUCCGAGGAUGAUGGCGAGAAUAGAGAGCAGGUUAUCAGGAUUGCAGAGCAGACUGACCUGGAGUCUGUGGCACUUGCAGACAGAGCUCCUGUUCCUCGGGAGUUUGCCAAUCCAACUGAUGACACAUUCAUGGUAGAAGAUGCUGUAGAGGCCAUCGGCUUUGGCACGUUUCAAUGGAAACUCUCCAUCCUCACUGGUCUGUCCUGGAUGGCGGAUGCUAUGGAGAUGAUGAUCCUCAGUAUCCUAGCCCCACAGCUCCACUGUGAGUGGAGGCUGCCCAGCCUAGAGGUGGCACUGCUAACAUCGGCAGUGUUUAUUGGGAUGAUGAUCAGCUCCUCACUUUGGGGGAACAUUUCUGACAAAUACGGCAGAAAGACAGGUCUCAAGAUGAGCGUGCUGUGGACUAUGUUCUAUGGCAUGAUGAGUGCAUUUGCACCUGUCUAUGGGUGGAUCCUCUUCCUCCGUGCACUGGUGGGCUUUGGCAUCGGAGGAGCCCCACAGUCGGUGACACUGUAUGCUGAGUUUCUGCCUAUGAAGUCCAGAGCCACAUGCAUUUUGUUGAUUGAGAUAUUUUGGGCACUGGGCACUGUGUUUGAGGUCCUCCUAGCAAUCCUGGUGAUGCCCACUCUGGGCUGGCGUUGGCUGCUUGGCCUCUCCACCAUUCCUCUCUUCAUCUUUGCCUUCCUUUGUUUUUGGCUACCAGAGAGCGCUCGAUACGACGUGCUGACAGGAAAUCAGGAGAAAGCUCUGGCCACAUUGAAGCGCAUUGCUACAGAGAAUGGAGCACCCAUGCCACUGGGAAAACUUAUUGCUGCCAAACAGGAGGACCGUGGAAAGAUUCAAGACUUAUUUUCAUCACACUUUCGUUGGACAACAGUUCUGCUGUGGUUUAUUUGGUUUGCAAAUGCCUUCUCUUACUACGGACUGGUGCUGCUCACUACAGAGCUGUUUCAGGAGGGAGGUGCAUGUGGAAUGUCCAAAGGUAGCAAGACGGAGCCCCGAUGCAGCUUGGAGUGUAAAUAUCUGAACUCUGAUGACUACAAAGACCUGCUAUGGACCACCUUAUCUGAAUUUCCAGGACUGCUGGUGACACUGUGGGCUAUUGAUCGACUGGGAAGGAGGAAGACCAUGGCGCUGUGUUUCUUUGUCUUCUCUAUGUGCAUCAUUCCUCUCUAUGGCUGUGUCGGGAGAGCAUUCAUGACAGUGUUGAUAUUCAUCGCCAGAGCGUUCAUCGCAGGGGGAUUUCAGGCUGCUUAUGUGUACACUCCAGAGGUGUACCCAACAGCGACCAGAGCUUUAGGUCUGGGAACAAGCAGUGGAAUGGCCAGAGUUGGUGCCCUCAUUACACCUUUUGUUGCACAGGUGAUGCUGGAGUCAUCUGUGUACCUGGCUCUGUCCGUGUACUGCUGCUGCUGCCUCCUAGCUGCUAUCGCCUCUUGUGCACUGCCAAUUGAGACAACAGGCCGGGGCCUGCAGGAGUCCAGCAACCGCGAAUGGGGCCAGGAGAUGGUGGGCCGGGCCUCCUCCCUCAGCUCAGGGGGAAUCCCCCCAUCCAGCUCUGACUCCCAGGGCUGAGGACACGUCGGCUAGAGGACAACUGAGAGAGGUGACCACAGUGAAGAAAAAGAGGCGAGGAGAGGCAGAAUAAAAAAAGCUGGACCAGCUUUCUGUGCCCAUCUCCAGUCCCAUCCUAUGACUCUUCAGUUUAGGCACCACGGUGGCUUCAGAGAGCCAGGCAGCACAAUAUUAUAUAUUAUAUUAUAUAGUCCUCAACCACCAUUGCUGUCACAAUUUUGCCACUGAAUAACUGCACACAGGGUGAAUGGAAAGACCAAAAUGACCUACGUGAGUGCAAGAUUGAGAAAACAAAUGGUGGACAUUAUGUGAAACAUCCUUUGACAAGUGAGAAUUCAAAUACUUCAAGCAAAGUGUCUGAAUCCUGCUUUUCUUAUGCAAGUGAAGCAAAGAAGAAUGAAGAGGGUAAAGCUUUGAAUGACCAUCUUCGUUUCAAAGAGCCUUAAAACUACCUAUUCUAUUUGUGUUUGAGAGACCUUCUCUUAAAGAAAACUGUGUCUGUUAGCGUACAGGAAAUAGGUGCGUAGGUAAAAAAAAAAAAAAAAAAAGCAUCGUCUUGUGCACAUGAAUUGUCUGUUUUAAUACACAAGCUUCAUAAAAAGUGCAUUGCAGGAGCAAGGAACAGUUCCACAUCAUCCAAUCAACAGACCAUCAGUUUAAAUAAGAUCUGGGGUUACUUCAUUUAACGUUCACUUCUGUAAAGGCAGUGAAAGGACAUACUGCACAGUAUCCACUGUGUUAAACAUGUUAUUUUUUCUUGUGUCAGUGUUAUUUCAUAUUUCAACAUGGAUGGUAUUUGUUUUCUGCUAAAGAAACAAGGAUUAUUUUGUGGGCAUUUCUUUUACAACCUGACAAACCUGCUGACGCCUUCAUCAGAGCAUAAUAACA